AUGGGGUUUGACGAACUGGCUCGAUCGCCUGUUGCGCCUGCUGGUUGCGAUGACGGUAGCAGUGGCAGCCUGCGGGGGGAGGUACCAUCUAGUGUCGGCUCAACUGGUGCACGAGUCGCAACGGACCUCAGCAACGGGAAUCUGGAAGGGUCGCUUCCGUCCGCGCUCUUCACGCUCACGUCGCUUCAACAACUAAAGCUCAACGAAAACUCGUUAGAGGGCUCUCUGCUCGAUGCUAUAGGGAACCUGACCCAACUAACCCUGCUGUCUCUGGGCAGAAACGAGCUGUCAGGACCCAUUCCCGCCCCGCUCUCCAACCUCCAAGCCCUCAAGUACCUGCUAUCCCUGCCUGCUCGCUUCCUUGCAUCCCCUGACUCAAACUCGCACACCCGCCUAACUCUUGUCCCUUUGCCUUGCACCAGCAGCCAUCAAUCUUUCCCAGCGACCGCUGGCAGGCACUCCUUCCUUCCGUCACAGCUGCUCCACUUGCACUACCUUCCUUCCCUCACAGGCACUCCUUCCUUCCCCACAGGCACUCCUUCCUUCCCUCACAGGCACUCCUUCCUUCCCUCACAGGCACUCCUUCCUUCCCUCACAGGCACUCCUUCCUUCCCUCACAGGCACUCCUUCCUUCCCUCACAGGCACUCCCUCCUUCCCGCACAGCUGCUCCACCAACACUGCCUCCCCGCCCCGCUCACACAGCACGGCUCUCCAUCCGUCUGUGCAUCUCCCCCACUUCCAGGGACUUGAGCAUGAAUCGCCUUUCGGGCGACCUGCCGCCAUCACUUUUCAACCUGCCCACUCUUGUCUACUUGGACAUAUCCAAUAACGAGUUCGCUGGUCCCCUCCCUUCGGGUUUCGCUUCCCCCUCCCUCGCCUCUCACCCUCUCGCCACUUUCAACGUCGAAAAAAACUUCUUCACAGGGUCUGCCCGUGCCGAAAUCUCGGCUGGAAAGCUUUCCUUCUGCCCGGAGGACCAGCAGGGAGGGUUCGCAGCAGCGAAUCUGCUCCCUUAUAGCCCGUCUCAGUACGGUUCAGUGCGAGGAAACUGCCUCAACCCGAGAGGAGGGGGGGGGUGCGAGGGGGACGGGAGGCAGCGGAAGCAGGGGGGGUGUUUGGCGUUUUGUGGGCGCCACCGGCCGGGGUUGAGGGACCGGGACUUCAAGGCCGUGCUAGAAACACCCUUUCUCCUCGUAUCGCUUCCCCCCUCCCCCUCAGACGACCCACAGAAGCAGCGCCACCGGCCGGGGUUGAGAGACCGGGACUUCAAGGCCGUGCCGGCAACCACCCCCUCGCGCUUUAACCGCUUCUUCCGCCACGUCAGCCUGGGGUUCAACGGCACUGCUGCCCAACCCUCUUGGGCAUGCAGAGAGGCGGUAGACUGGCGCGGGCUGGUGCUAGUACGAGGGAGGAAUGUGACGGUGGUUCCUCCGGUGAAAGACCAAGGCUUGUGCGCUGCCUGCUGGGCUCUGGUGCCGGUAGCAGCAAUAGAGGCAGCCUAUGCAAUAGCAUACGGCGCCAACCAUCCCAACCUGUCCAGUCAACAAGUGCUGAGCUGUCAGGGCACGUGGCAGUGCACAGGUGGCAUCCCGGCGGACGCGUUCCAGUUUGUGGCUGCUGUGGGAGGGGUAUCGCCGGAGAAAGCAGUGCCGUAUUCGGGAGUGGUGAACGCGAGUGACUGCAAGCUUCUCCCAGCAAGUUCGAAGCCUGCAGCUGCUGCCAAGCGCAACUCACGUGAGUCCAAACCACAACCUGCAGCUGUCAAGCCUACCACCAAACCUCCCACCAAGGCUCUAUCCGCACCUCCCACCGGGCCAGCUUCCGGGCCAUGGAAGCUGCAGAGUAAGAAGGCUGCAGCGCAAGCCACCAAGCCUGCUGCCGGACCUCCUGCCAGGCCUGCCAAAUCACGAACGAGGGGAGUGCGGUCACCUUCCAAACCUGUUGCUGCUGGCAGAGGCCGGCAGGCUAUGGUUCGGGCGGCAGCUGCGCGUGCGGUGCCCACAUCAGCAUCCAUGUCAGCAUCCACGUCAGCAGGCCGAACGCCAGCAGCCUCAACUCCAAUUACGAAGAAUGAAGACGACGACGACAAGCACACGCACUUCUCCCCCUCCCUCUCCUCCCUCUUCUCCCAACUCUUCCACCGGCUCCGAAGACCAACCCAGCCGCCCAAGCUGCCCCCCACCACCUCGGUUCCCCCGUCCUCCUCCCCUCCUCCCCCUGCCUUUCCACCUCAACCGCCCGGCAUCCACCCCCUCUCUGGCCGCUUCUCCAUCUCCAUGUUCGAACAGGUGUCGAUCCCCGGUUGGCUGGGAAUGGUGCUGGCGCUGCAGGCGCAGCCAAUCAUUGCCAACGUGGAGGCGGAUCAACUCUCCUUUAUCAACUACCAGGGGGGCUUCGUUUACGCGGAUCCAGAUUGCUUCGCGAAUGGAGUGGUGAAUCACAUAGUGCUGCUGGUGGGGUACAGCACGGUGGGAGUGACGCCCUACUUUAUCCUCCAAAACACCUGGGGAUCCACCUGGGGCGAGGACGGCUUCAUGCAGAUGGCCAUCGAAGCAGGCAACGGCAUCUGCGGCAUCAACACCACUCCUGCCUUAUACCCAGUGGUGGCAGGCUCGCACCCGUGUCAACCCAUCAACCCGUGUGGCAGCGGCAAGUGCAGCAACCGCGCGGGGAAGAGCAAGUGCACGUGUGCGCCUGGGUUCACCACUGCCAAGAAUAUUGAUGGGUCCGAGACAUGCAUUCCGGUCCACGUGUGCGCCAUGUCAGCAGCCAACCCAUGCCAGGUGGGCACGUGUCUCGAUGACGGGGCGGGCGGCUACAAUUGUCUGUGUCCACCAGGGUUUGUGGCCGAUGAGCGACCCAAUGAAACCCCAGUCUGCGUGCCAGGUGUCACUCCCUCAGAGGUCCACGUGGUGCCAGGGCUGACAUGUGACACUGUGCGGUCGACAUUUGGCAUGUCAGAGGCCAAUUUCACUCUGCUCAAUCCGAAGCUCAACUGCUCCAGCCUUGCAAUUGGAGACGAUAUUUAUGUCAGCGAUGGCACCCUGUGCGCCACUCCCUAUACUGUCACCGCUGAUGACACGUGUGAGAGCAUUGCAGCAGCAUUCAGCAUGACUCGCUCGGAAUUCCUCAAGCUGAACGACGACCUGCCGUGUGGACGGCUAAAGGCGGGGCAACAGGUGUGCAUGGCGCAUGGCACUCCAGAUAUGCCAGCGUGCCAGGAGUUUGUGACUGUAGCGGAGGGCGACAGCUGCGACACUAUAAUGAGGGCUGCACGCCCCCCUCUGAGCGCACAGGAGUUCUACACAUUGAACCCAGGGAUCAACUGCAACGUGGGCGAACAGAUGCUGCUAGGCCAACAG